AUGCCGCCGCGUGCAGGAGUCAUGCUAUCAGCUAUUCUUGCAGCUGUCCCCAUGGAUAUACCGGACGUAAUUGUGAAACAUCCAUGCAAAAAUGGCGCCACGUGUGUGAACCUGGUGGGUUCGUUUCGGUGUUCUUGUACUUCUGGUUUCCAAGGCGCAAGGUGUGAAGCCGAUCAAAACGAAUGCUUGAACAACCCAUGCACCAGUGGCUCCACCUGUCGAAACAGCUAUGGCGGUUUUCACUGUGAUUGCCCCUAUGGUUUUCCAGACGCAAAUUGCCAACUAGAAGGAUAUCAAUGUCGCAGCCGUCCCUGCCAAAAUGGUGCCACUUGCUUGAGUUAUGCUAACACCUUUUCCUGUAGCUGUCGUUCUGGAUACACCGGCAGAUACUGUGAAUCAGCUUUUUAUCAACGUCAUCUGUACCGUAUUGUUGGAAUAAAUAUCAAUGAAACAUACGGUGGCAGAGUUGAAGUGAAUCAUGAUGGAGUUUGGGGAACAGUUUGUGAUGACUACUGGGAUAAUACUGAUGCCAAAGUUUUCUGCAAGUCUGUAAAUCUUCCCUAUUCCAACGCAGUUGCCGCACUAAGCGCCUAUUUCGGACAAGGUAGUGGACGCAUAUGGUUGGACGAUGUCAGUUGCUCAGGAUUAGAACCCGAUAUUGGAUCUUGUAGACAUAGCGGUUGGGGAAAUCAGAACUGUGAUCACAGUGAAGACGCCGGCGUUCUUUGCCUUUGAUGAUGCAUCUUAGAAUUGUCUAUAUUGAAAAACGUCGCCUCCAUUCUUGUCAAUGGCUUACUGAACCUUAUACAGGUGGUGAGAAAAGUAACAUAUCCGAACUCUAUUGCUUUCACAAUUGUUGAUGUUUUAUUUAAUUUUGUAAUUUGCUUAUAUUUGGUCAUGCCAAGAAAAUACCUGCACCGCAAAUUUACAGACCAGUGUUUCACCUUACAUAUUCAAUGUUAUAUCAGUCUUGAUAGGUUGUAGGACAGACACGUGACCUUAUAAUGGCCACCAUAUCCUUUUGGACAUUGACUCUUGAAGGUACAGUAGGCUAUGCUGGUAAAGUAGCCUAUAUUGGUCCAGCCAUGAAAGACACUUUGGAAAAGAGAAAAAAUGUUCUGAUUCAUCCAGUAGCGACAUUUCACAUAAGAGGAGACAAAGAUAAGUGUUGUAAAUACAAAGCAAUAGCAGAACAGACGUUAUGAUGGGUGUCAUUUAUCUGCUAGAAGGAAAUUAGUCUCAGUGAUCCAAUGAACUGGUCAAGUGGAGAGUUAAGAAAUCACAGAUCUUCGUGGUUCAGUGAUGGGUUCUCAAAUAUCUCCCCGAUGGUUUCGGUGUCCCCUCUGACAAAUUACGUGACCAGCACAUUGUUUUAUUUAAUUCGUCUCACCGCGGCUCCUCCAAAUCCGUUUUAGUAAACCUGUCAUUGUCUGGAAUGAGAAAUAAUAUUCAAUCACAUAUUAUUGACUGAUAAUUAGUUUUAAAGACAAAAAUUCGCAUUAAAUGUUUUAAUGGUCAAUGUUUUCAACGUAUUAUUAUGUAAGUGGUUUUUAGUUAAGAUUAGAGCAUGAAGGCAUCAUUUUAGUAUAGCAUAGGGUUAUCUCUUAAGCAGUGAACAUAACUGUCAAUUGCAUUGAAAUAUUUGAAGUGAAAUGCUAUUUAUUCAAUUAUAACGGAUAUUAUUUACUUCAUUUCUCCUUGGAAAAUUGCUUGAAUGAAUAUGUAAAAUGUGGAUAGCGCGGUAGCGUUCAUUAAAAUGUAUUUUCAGUUACCAUAUUCCAAGAUAUAGUUUAGAAUGUACCUAUACCGGUAUGUAUUUGGGUAAGGGGAAACUGUUGAAAAUUUCGGAAAAUACUAUUUACCUACAUCUACAUAUAAUCUAGUAUGUUGAGUGUUAUGUCGAUUUCAAUAAAUUAGUUUAAAAUACUAAACCGAUAUUGAUGUUGUUUUUAUUAUGUUGGAAUGAGGUAACGCAUUCAACAUUAGUUUUCUCUUGAUUUAUAUAUAGACCCAACAACCAAUGAAAUUGAAAAGCGACCCUGAAUUAGUAGCAUGUCGUAACAACAGUGGGAACGUGCAAUGGCAAUAAGAGGAUAGUUAAGGUACAAGGUAUUUUUAUGUCAUUCUGGUAUUGCUUGUUAAAAAUAUCAAUGAACACCACCACUCAUCACCCUUUCUUUGAUAUUAUUCACUAGUUGUGUUAUUCUGGUAUCAUCUUGGGCACAGUAUCAUUAACACUGUUUAGCU